UAUAAUAAUCCGGAAUUUGUGUUCGUCCUCCUAUUUUCAUACCAUUUUCUCUCCUUUUUCUCUCCUCCCUCUAUUAAAAUCUUCAGAAUUCUCUUUCUCUCUCUGUUUUGCUUAACAUUGUUGAUCAUCAACUUUCAUGGUGGAUGAUUCCUAAAUUCAGAGACUGCGCGCGCUUAUUUUCUUCCAUUCCUAUUUCUUCUCCGGUUGAAUACCGGAAACAGAGGCGCGCGUGACAAAGGAGCAGAAGAGUCAGAACAAGGGAGAAAUAAUGGCGGCACCACAAGACCCUGGACCGCAGGGUCUGUCGAGGAGGCCGUCGAGGAACACAGCAAUAACGAACUUUUCGACGGAGGUGUUUGAUCAUGAGGUCGCUCCGUCUUCUCUCGUUUCGAUAGUCCCUAUUCUUCGCGUCGCCAGUGAAAUCGAGCCGGAGCGCCCUCGCGUUGCCUAUCUCUGUCGGUUCUAUGCAUUUGAGAAAGCACAUAGAUUGGAUCCGAGCUCUACUGGACGUGGUGUGAGGCAAUUUAAGACAGGUCUUUUGCACCGUCUUGAGCGGGAUAAUCACGCAAGUCUUCCCGGUCGUGUUAAAAAGACCGAUGCCCGUGAAAUUGAGAGUUAUUACCAGGAAUACUACUCCCAGUAUAUUCGAGCUCUUGACCAAGGAGAGCAGGCAGACAGAGCUCAGCUUGGGAAGGCUUAUCAAACUGCUGGAGUCCUAUUUGAAGUUCUUUGCGCCGUCAAAGGAGAAGAAGUUGCUCCCGAGAUUAUUGCUGCUGCGAGAGAUGUUGAAGAGAAUCAAAACAGAUACGCACCCUAUAAUAUACUUCCACUGGAUGCUGCUGGGGCCUCGCAGGCCAUCAUUCAACUUGAAGAGGUUAAGGCUGCCAUCUCUGCAUUGUGGAACACUCGUGGCUUACCCUGGCCACCUGCGUCCGAGCAGCACCGGCAGAGAACCAAUGACUUGGAUCUUUUCGAUUGGUUGAAGGCUAUGUUUGGAUUUCAGAAAGACAAUGUUCGAAAUCAGCGAGAGAAUUUGAUAAUACUACUAGCAAAUGUUCACAUAAGGCUAAAUCCAAAGCCCGAGCCUAUGAACAAGCUCGAUGACCGAGCUGUGGAUGCUGUAAUGAACAAGCUCUUCAAAAAUUAUAAAACAUGGUGCAAAUUUAUGGGUCGAAAGUUCAGCUUAAGGCUACCUCAAGGUUCACAUGAAGUUCAGCAGAGGAAAAUUCUUUAUAUGGGCUUAUAUCUUCUUAUCUGGGGCGAAGCAGCAAAUGUGCGCUUCAUGCCAGAAUGCCUAUGCUAUAUUUUUCACAAUAUGGCAUAUGAACUCCACGGAUUGCUGGCUGGAAAUGUCAGCAUUGUGACGGGAGAGAAUAUAAAGCCCUCCUAUGGUGGGGAUGACGAGUCUUUCCUUCGAAAAGUUAUCACACCUCUCUACAGAGUUAUUGACAAGGAAGCCCAGAAGAGCAAAAAUGGGAAGGCACCUUACUCUGCUUGGUGCAACUAUGAUGACCUGAACGAGUAUUUCUGGUCAUCAGAUUGUUUCUCAUUGGGUUGGCCAAUGCGUGAUGAUGGAGAAUUUUUCAAAUCAACGCGUGAAACUGUCAAGGGUAGAAAGGUCUUCCAGGACACCUCUAAGGGCACAGGAAAAUCAAAUUUCAUAGAAACUAGAACAUUCUGGCAUAUCUUUCGAAGUUUUGAUCGUCUGUGGACAUUCUAUAUACUGACGUUACAGGCAAUGGUGAUCAUCGCGUGGAGUGAAGCCCCACUAUUAUCUAUUUUUAAGAAAGAUGUCUUAUAUCCAGUUUCAAGUAUUUUCAUCACUGCAGCUUUUCUUCGCUUGCUUCAGAGUGUUCUAGACCUUGUUAUCAACUUUCCAAUGAAGCGUAGGUGGAUGUUCAUGGAUGUGAUGAGGAGUGUCCUGAAGAUAGUUGUUAGUCUUGCAUGGGCAGUAGCUCUUUCCCUCUUUUAUGUGCAUUCCUUCAAUGUGGCACCUCAACAAAUUCGAGACGUCCUAUCAUUUCUAGGGAAAUUGAAGGGUGUUCCUGCUCUGUAUAUCAUGGCAGUGGUGUUAUAUUGUCUUCCUAACAUACUGUCUGCAGCACUCUUCCUUUUUCCAAUGCUUCGACGUUUUAUCGAAAACUCUGAUUGGCUCAUCAUAAGGUUUCUAAUGUGGUGGUCACAGCCUAGAAUUUAUGUAGGAAGAGGAAUGCACGAAAGCCAAUUUUCUCUCAUAAAGUAUACGGUAUUUUGGCUACUACUACUGGCUACAAAGAUUGCAUUCAGCUAUUUCAUAAUGAUAAAACCCUUGGUGAAGCCGACAAAAGACAUAAUGGACAUCAAUAAAGUUGAAUUUCUAUGGCAUGAACUUUUUCCCCACGCUAAAAACAAUUAUGGUGCAGUUGCCUCACUUUGGGCUCCAGUUAUCAUGGUUUAUUUUAUGGAUACUCAAAUUUGGUACGCUAUAUAUACCACAAUUUAUGGUGGUUUCAUAGGAGCAUUUGACCGUCUUGGAGAGAUAAGAACUCUUAGCAUGCUGCGGACAAGAUUCCAAGCACUGCCUGGUGCUUUCAAUGACUGUCUGGUGCCUUCGGACAAGUCUCGAAAACGAGGUUUUUCCUUAUCAAAGCGGUUCGCUGAGGCUAAUGCAAGCAAGAGGAGCGAAGCAGCCAGAUUUGCUCAACUCUGGAAUGAGAUUAUCUGUUCUUUCCGGGAAGAAGACCUUGUUAAUGACAGGGAGAUGGAUCUGCUGCUCGUUCCUUAUUCUUCAGAUCCUAGUUUGAAAAUAAUUCAAUGGCCGCCUUUUUUGCUUGCAAGCAAGAUCCCAAUAGCAUUGGAUAUGGCUGUUCAAUUUCGGCCAAAGGACUCUGACCUCUGGAAGCGAAUUUCUGCUGAUGAAUAUAUGAAAUGUGCUGUGAUUGAAUGCUAUGAAUCCUUUAAGCAAGUUUUGAACAUUCUGGUUGCUGGAGAAGCUGAAAAGAAGAUAAUUUCUGUCAUUAUAAGAGAGGUUGAGACAAACAUUUCGAGGAGUUCACUUCUUACAAAUUUCAGAAUGAGCGCUUUACCCACCCUUUGCAAGAAGUUUGUGGAGCUUGUGGGAUAUCUGAGAGAUGGAGAUUCUUCCAAACGGGACAGUGUGGUAUUACUACUGCUGGACAUGCUAGAAGUUGUUACUCGUGACAUGAUGGUGAACGAAAUUCGUGAGUUAUCUGAACUUGGGAAUAGUAGUAGUAGUGGAAAGGAUGGAAAUCGACUUUUUGAAAAUAUAGUAUUUCCACCUAAAGUUACGCCGCAGUGGGAAGAACAGAUACGACGCCUGUAUCUGCUUUUGACGGUCAAGGAGUCUGCCACUGAUGUGCCAACGAACCUUGAAGCACGAAGAAGGAUUGCAUUUUUUACAAACUCACUUUUCAUGGAUAUGCCGCCGGCUCCUAGAGUUCGGAAGAUGCUUUCAUUUAGUGUCCUUACUCCUUACUACAGCGAGGAGACAGUAUACUCCAGAAAUGACCUUGAAAUGGAAAACGAAGAUGGUAUAUCUGUUAUAUACUACUUGCAGAAGAUCUUUCCAGAUGAAUGGAACAAUUUUAUGGAGAGAAUUAAUUGCAAGAAAGAGGCUGAGGUCUGGGAAAAUGAGGAGAAUAUUUUACACCUUCGCUAUUGGGUUUCACUGAGAGGACAGACUCUCUGCAGAACAGUUAGAGGGAUGAUGUACUAUCGAAGGGCUUUAAAACUUCAGGCAUUUCUCGACAUGGCUGAUGAAGAGGAGAUCCUGGAAGGCUAUAAGGCCGUCACAAUUCCAAUGGAGGAGGGGAAGAGGAGUCAGAGAUCCCUUUAUGCCCAAUUAGAAGCUCUUGCUGAUAUGAAAUUCACAUAUGUUGCAACAUGUCAGAACUAUGGUAAUCAGAAGCGGAGUGGAGAUCGCCGUGCAACAGACAUUUUAAAUUUGAUGGCUAAUCAUCCAUCCCUGCGUGUAGCAUAUGUGGAUGAAGUUGAAGAAAGAGAAGGCAGUCAAAAGUCUCAAAAGGUAUAUUACUCCGUACUGGUCAAAGCUGUCGACAAUCUUGACCAGGAAAUAUACCGUAUAAAGUUGCCUGGCCCAGCAAAGAUAGGGGAAGGGAAACCUGAAAACCAAAACCAUGCCAUAAUUUUCACUAGGGGAGAAGCCUUGCAGGCCAUAGAUAUGAACCAGGAUAAUUACUUGGAAGAAGCUCUGAAAAUGCGUAAUCUCCUUGAAGAAUUUAAUGAAGAUCAUGGAGUGCGUCCACCUACAAUUCUAGGUGUUCGAGAGCAUAUCUUCACUGGAAGUGUUUCUUCCUUGGCUUGGUUUAUGUCAAAUCAGGAGACGAGCUUUGUAACCAUUGGACAAAGAGUUCUUGCAAGACCAUUGAAGGUCCGCUUUCACUAUGGUCACCCAGAUGUCUUUGAUAGGAUCUUUCACAUUACCCGUGGUGGAAUAAGCAAGGCUUCUCGUGGAAUCAAUUUGAGUGAGGACAUCUUUGCUGGAUUCAACUCAACUUUAAGGCGUGGAAAUGUUACUCAUCACGAGUAUAUCCAAGUAGGCAAGGGACGAGAUGUUGGGCUAAACCAAAUCUCACUUUUUGAAGCAAAAGUAGCCUGUGGUAACGGGGAGCAGACGCUGAGUCGGGAUGUGUAUCGGUUAGGCCAUCGUUUUGAUUUUUUCCGCAUGCUCUCGUGUUACUUCACGACAGUUGGCUUCUAUGUCAGUUCCAUGCUGGUUGUCCUUACAGCGUAUGCCUAUCUGUAUGGAAGACUCUAUUUAUCUUUAAGUGGUUUGGAGCAGUCAAUAAUUAAGUUUGCUAGAGCCAAGGGAGAGAAUGCUUUGAAGGCAGCCAUGGCUUCGGAGUCUGUAGUCCAACUAGGACUUCUAAUGGCUUUGCCUAUGAUCAUGGAGAUUGGACUGGAGAGGGGAUUCAGAACUGCAUUGGGUGAGAUGAUCAUCAUGCAGUUGCAGCUAGCAGCUGUUUUCUUCACGUUCUCUCUUGGGACAAAAGUUCACUAUUAUGGACGUACCAUCUUGCAUGGUGGAGCCAAGUACAGAGCCACUGGACGUGGUUUCGUUGUCCGCCACGAGAAAUUUGCUGAAAACUAUAGAAUGUAUUCGAGAAGCCAUUUCACCAAAGGACUAGAGCUCAUGAUGCUGCUUAUAACGUAUCAUGUGUACGGGUCAGCGGUGUAUGGUUCCACAGCUUUUAUACUUGUGACAGGCUCUAUGUGGUUUUUGGUUAUCUCUUGGCUGUUUGCUCCCUUUAUAUUCAACCCUUCUGGAUUCGAGUGGCAGAAGAUUGUGGAUGACUGGGAUGAUUGGACAAAAUGGAUAAGUAGUCAUGGGGGUAUUGGUGUGCCAGCAACCAAGAGUUGGGAGUCAUGGUGGGGUGAAGAGCAGGAGCACUUGCUAUCCACCGGAUUUACAGGACGAUUCUGGGAGAUAGUUCUUUCUCUCCGGUUCUUUUUGUAUCAGUAUGGAGUAGUAUAUCAUUUGCAUGUAGCCAAUGAAGACACAAGCAUCAUGGUUUAUGGCCUGUCUUGGCUUGUCAUUGUUGCUGUGGUUAUCAUUCUAAAGAUUGUAUCCAUGGGUAAAAAGAGGUUCAGUGCAGAUUACCAGCUGAUGUUCAGACUUCUGAAACUAUUCCUUUUCAUUGGCUUUAUAGUCGCGCUGGCUGUCUUCUUUUUAUUCUUAAAUCUGACAGUUGGAGACAUAUUCGUUAGCUUACUGGCCUUCAUGCCAACUGGAUGGGCUCUUUUAUCAAUAGCAAUAGCAUGUAGGCCCGUGGUGAAAGGCAUGGGAAUGUGGAGUUCAGUGAAAGCUUUGGCGAGAGGCUAUGAGUACAUAAUGGGGAUUCUAAUUUUCACCCCAGUGGCAAUGCUAGCUUGGUUCCCAUUCAUCUCUGAAUUCCAGACCAGGCUACUGUUCAACCAAGCUUUCAGUAGAGGGCUGCAGAUUCAACGUAUUUUGGCUGGUGGGAAGAAGCAGAAGUAAAACACUCAUGUGUGUAAGCGGUAUUCUGCUCUUCGAAUUCAGCAAAAAAAAAAAAGGGUUCUUCCAGCAUAAAGGAAGACAUUGGGGGAUGCAGACUGGAUACAAGUCAGCAUCAAUAUCUCGGCCAGAGGCUCCACAUUCUGGUUGUCUUAAUUAAGCCGCAAUUUUUUAACCCCUCAAACUUGCUUGAAGAGCGAAUUACCAGCAGCAGUGUGUUCUUUAUUUUUGUCCAUCAGACAGUGAAACAUGCUCUUUUUCGGCCCCUGUAUAUACAACAAACAAUACGAGAUUGAAUUUUGAGUAAGGUUUCAUCACUCUUUUAGCCUUUGUUGUUGGGGCAAGGCAAUACACACUUAACCUCUCAGGCAUUUAUAGGAUGGAUUUCAAAUUCAAGUUUCUUUUAUGUGCUUUUUCUUAGUGGCAGUCUUCAUAAUCAUAGCCAGAUAGUAUUGUAUAACAGAAGUAAACUUUGUAAAGAUAUUUUCAGAAUAACCGAUUUCGUAUUCCUUUAUUUUUUGAUUUAUAAGAAUAA